AUGUACGCCCUCGUUUUCCCUCCCUGCUUGCCCUCGUUUCCCCACCUUCCUUCCCUCCCUUCUCUCCCUUCCCUCCCUUCCCUCCCUUCCCUCCCUUCUUUCCUUUCCCUCCAUUCUCUCCCUUCCCUCCCUUCCCUCCCUUCCCUACCUUCUCUCCCUUCCCUCCCUUCCCUCCCUUUCCGUCCCUUCCCUCGCUUCUCUCCCUUCCCUCCCUUCUCUCCCUUCCCUCCCUUCCCUCCCUUCCCCCUUCUCUCCCUUCCCUCCCUUCCCUCCCUUCCCCCUUCUCUCCCUUCCCUCCCUUCCCUCCCUUCCCUCCCUUCUUUCCUUUCCCUCCAUUCUCUCCCUUCCCUCCCUUCCCUCCCUUCCCUACCUUCUCUCCCUUCCCUCCUUCCCUCCCUUUCCGCCCCUUCCCUCCCUUCUCUCCCUUCCCUCCCUUCUCUCCCUUCCCUCCUUUCCCUCCCUUCCCCCUUCUCUCCCUUCCCUCCCUUCCCUCCCUUCCCUCCCUUCUCUCCUUUCCCUCCAUUCUCUCCCUUCCCUCCCUUCCCUACCUUCUAUCCCUUCCCUCCCUUUCCUCACUUUCCUCCCUUUCCGUCCCUUCCCUCCUUUCUCUCCCUUCCCUCCCUUCUCUCUCCCCCCUACCUUCUCCUCCAUCCCUCCGGACUGCCCCCAUCAGUGCCAACCCUCUCUGCGCAUCUUUUUUCCUCUCUUUCUGCCCUUUCGUCCGACCUCUUCAUCCUCACCCCUCCACCCCGCAUCCCCAUCUCUUCCCCCCCUCUUCCCUUUCCCUCCCUGCAUCCCCAUCUCCCUGCCCUGCAUAUACCUCUCCCCUUCCUGCUUCCCCAUAUCCACUGCAUGUUUCCCCAUCUCUCCUCCCUGCAUACCCAUCUCUCCUCCCUGCAUCCCCAUCUCUCCUCCCUGCAUCCCCAUCUCUCCUCACCUGCAUCCCCAUCUCCCCUCCCUGCAUCCCCAUCUCCUCACCUGCAUCCCCAUCUCCCCUCCCUGCAUCCUCCCGAAACCCUUCCUAAGCCUGCUUCUCCUUACUUCUCCCCUGCUCCCUCCUGCCUCCCUUCAUUUCCCCCCCUGAUUCCCAUCAUUUCCCCUCCUCACUUCUGUCAUCACAGCCUAUGGUUGAAUCAAAUACUCCCCCUCCCCGGCUACCUGGGAGCGCAUGCAAGGGAAGGGAAGGGAGAAGGGAUCGGGAAGAGAAGGGUGGGGCAGGAGAAGGGAAGGGCAGGGAGUGGAGAUGUGAAGGCAGGGAGUGGAGAUGUGAAGGCAGGGAGUGGAGAUGUGAAGGCAGGGAGUGGAGAUGUGAAGGCAGGGAGUGGAGAUGUGAAGGCAGGGAGUGGAGAUGUGAAGGCAGGGAGUGGAGAUGUGAAGGCAGGGAGUGGAGAUGUGAAGGCAGGAGUGGAAAUGCAGGAGAGAUCGGAAGGAAGGGUGGGGAGGAUUGACCUCAAGUCAGGCGGGAACGAUGUGCUAGCAGGGGGGAAAGGAGGGAUGCAGUGGGGGAAAGGAGGAGAAGCAAGGGGGGGAAAGGAGGGGAAGCAAGGGGGGGAAAAGGAGGGAAUGCAGGGGGGGAACGGAGGGGAAGCAAAGGGGGAAAGGAGGAGAAGCAAGGGGGGGAAAGGAGGGGAAGCAAGGGGGGGAAAGGAGGGAAUGCAGGGGCGGAAAGGAGGGGAAUCAGGGGGGGGGGGGGGGGGAGGAGGGGAAGCAAGGGGGGGAAAAGGAGGGGAAGCAAGGGGGGGAAAAGGAGGGAAUGCAGGGGCGGAAAGGAGGGGAAGCAAAGGGGGGAAAGGAGGGAACGCAGGGGGGGAAAGGAGGGGAAGCAAGGGGGGGAAAGGAGGGGAAGCAGGGGCGGAAAGGAGGGGAAUCGGGGGGGGGGGGGGAAGGAGGGGAAGUAAGGGGGGAAAGGAGGAGAAGCAAGGGGGGGAAAGGAGGGAAUGCAGGGGCGGAAAGGAGGGGACAGAGGGGCGCUAA